AUGGCUAUCACUGAUCUCUUAGCCACCAGCAACGCCGUCAAACUGGAUGGCGUCAGUUUCUCCUCCUCCUUCUCCGGCAAACAAAACCACUUCUUGGCUCGUCGUUUGUCACUGACGACUCAUAGCCAUAGUAGAGUGACUAGAGUCCAAACUAAUUGUUGUUAUCAUGAGACGUCUCUAAAAGCUGUGACGCCAUUUAAGUCUGAAAUAACAAGUUACAGUGACGGGACUGGAAUCUUCCGCUUCCUAAAAGGGAAGAGCUAUUUCGUUACAGGUGCAACAGGGUUUCUUGCCAAAGUGUUGAUUGAGAAAUUGUUGAGGACAAGUCCUGAGAUUGGUAAGAUCUUCCUUAUGAUCAAAUCCAAAGAUCAAGAAUCAGCCAACAAGAGACUCUAUGACGAGAUCAUAAGCUCGGAACUGUUCAAGGUUCUGAAGCAAAUGCAUGGAAGCUCUUACGAAGCCUUCAUGAAGAGCAAGUUGAUUCCAGUAACUGGAGAUAUUGGAGAAGACAAUCUCGGGAUCAAACCCGAAUUAGCAGACAAAAUUAGCGAGGAGAUUGAUGUCAUUAUAAACUGUGGUGGCCGUACAACAUUUGACGACAGAUACGACUCUGCCCUAAGUGUCAAUGCUCUUGGACCUGCUUACGUGACUGGUAAGAAAGAGGGAACAGUACUAGAGACUCCUCUCUGCAUCGGAGAGAACAUAAGUUCUGACUUGAACAUCGAAACCGAGCUGAAACUAGCUUCAGAAACUGUAAGAAAAUCCCAUGGCAGAGACGAAGCCAAGAAACUGAAAGAACUUGGAAUGGAAAGAGCUCAAAGCUAUGGAUGGGAAAACACUUACACAUUCACAAAAGCCAUGGGUGAGACCGUAAUUCACAGCAAGCGAGGAGAUAUACCUGUAGUGAUCAUGAGGCCAAGCAUUAUAGAAAGCUCCUACAAAGAGCCUUUCCCUGGCUGGCUCCAAGGAAUUAGGAUGAGUGCUCCAUUUAUCUUGGCCUAUGGAAAAGACAAGAUUUCUCACAUAUGGGGAGAUUAUCAAUCUUCUUUUGAUGUUAUACCUGUUGACAUGGUUGCCAACGCGACAAUAGCAGCCAUGGCAAAGCAUGGUUGUGGUAAUAAUGUCUCACAGCUCAAAGUUUACAAUGUCACUUCUUCAUCUCAUGCGAAUCCCCUGCGAGCUGGAGAGUUGGUGGACUUCGCUCGUCAACAUCUGCGUGAGUCUCCACUGACAGAAGAAACAACGAAAGACCUAGAGCGAAUGACAUUCCACAGUUCCUUAGAGGGUUUCACAUCCUCUGUAUCCAGCACAAUAGCAACACUAGAAAGAGAGAGGAUGAAGAAUGGAGAAGGAGAGGCAGAGUCACAUACCGAACUGAGCAGGAAGGGGAAGAGGAAGCUAAAGUAUAUUGUGUCCCUGGCAAGAACAUAUCAGCCUUACGGCUUCUUUUACGCUCGGUUUGACGACAGCAAUACAAGGAGUCUGAUUCAGGAGUUGUCAGUGGAAGAGAGAAAGACGUUUGAGUUCGAUAGCACAUGCAUUGACUGGGAGCAUUACAUUGUCAACGUUCAUCUUCCAGGUCUCAAAAGAGAAUUCUUUCAGGAAAGAUCCACUUGA